UUCCCAGAACAAUGUUUUACUAACCAAAAGUACAGCAGGGCUGUAUAUAAGGAGGUACGGUGGGUGUAUUCGAUCCAUUCAGACGUUUGUCACCAUGAAGGUCCUGGUCUUCCUGGCACUGGUUGGAGCAGCAUUUGCUGCAGUUGAUGACAAGGUCGUGGGAGGGUACGAGUGUCCCAGGAACUCUGUUCCCUACCAGGUAUCUUUGAACGCUGGAUACCACUUCUGUGGUGGAUCUCUCAUCUCCAGCCUGUGGGUGGUGUCAGCUGCUCACUGCUACAAGUCCCGUAUCCAGGUCCGUCUCGGUGAGCACAACAUUGCUGUGAAUGAGGGCACAGAGCAGUGGAUCGAUGGCGUCAAGAUGAUCAAACACCCACAGUACAACAGCUACAACCUGGACAAUGACAUCAUGCUGAUCAAACUCAGCCGCCCUGCCAGCCUCAACAACUACGUCAAGACCAUCUCCCUGCCCUCUCGCUGCCCUGUGGCUGAUGAGCCAUGCAUGGUGUCCGGGUGGGGCAACACCUCUGCCAACGGCAGCCUGUUCCCCGACAGACUGCAGUGCCUGAGGCAGCCCAUCAUCGACGACAGAAUCUGCAAGAACGCCUACCCACACCUCCUCACUGAGAACAUGCUGUGCUCUGGAUUCAUGCAAGGAGGUGCAAGCAGCUGCCAGGGAGACUCUGGUGGUCCUCUGGUCUGCAACGGUCAGCUGCAGGGAGUCGUGUCCUGGGGUUACGACUGUGCCAUGAAGGGACACCCCAGCGUCUACGCCCGUGUUUGCCGCUACAACAGCUGGAUCAGCAGCGUCAUGCGCAACAAUUAAACAGAUGCAGCUGCACACAAGCUGACAUUUUUUUAUUGCGUUCAUGUACAACAAUACACUGUUAUCAACAAGGAAGUCAAAUAACCCAAUAAAUAAAUAAAAUCUUAAAA